UUCCCUCCCACACCAAGUACCAUUCAGCUGCACAGGAAAGUGCAUCGCAAAGGUUGCAUGAACACUGGUGCUAUCCGCAAGCUCUUGAAUCAGCAGAAAUCAGCCAUCGAGGGCUGCCAUCACGGCUCCUGUCUUAAGAAUAAUUUUCUCUGUGGAGAACAAACCAAGAGCCCAGGAUGGGGAAGAAAUCCAAGAAAGGAUGCAAUUUUAAAAGCUGUUUUAAGAAGAACUGGCUUCUUAUCACAACGGUGGUUGCUGUGAUUUUAGGUAUUGGAUUGGGUGUCCUAGUCCGUGAAUAUGCCAAACUCUCAACCCUGGACAAGUUCUACUUUGGAUUUCCUGGAGAGAUAUUAAUGCGAAUGCUAAAAUUAAUCAUCUUGCCUCUUAUCAUAUCCAGCAUGAUUACAGGAGUGGCUGCUUUAGAUUCAUCAGUUUCUGGCAAAAUCGGGUUACGUGCUGUUGUCUAUUACUUCUCAACAACAAUCAUCGCUGUUAUCCUAGGAAUUGUGUUAGUGAUGACCAUUAAACCUGGCAUGUCUCAAAAUGCAGCUGACAUUGACAGAACUGGCUCGACUCCAGAGGUUAACACAGUGGAUGCCUUGUUGGACCUAAUCAGGAACAUGUUUCCAGAAAAUCUUGUUCAGGCUUGUUUUCAACAGUACAAAACAAUGCGUGAAGAAUUAAAAUCUGAACCUGUAGUAAACUCAACUGCCAUGUCACCUGUGACGGUUGUCAUGACAACUGCUUUACAAGAGAAUAUAACCAAGAACUAUAAAAUAGUGGGCCUGUAUUCAGAUGGAAUUAACGUGUUGGGACUCAUCGUUUUCUGUCUCGUCUUUGGGAUUGUUAUCGGUCAAAUGGGAGAGAAAGGGCGUGUUCUGGUGGACUUUUUUGAUGCAAUAAACGAGGCCACCAUGAAAAUAGUACAGAUCAUCAUGUGUUACAUGCCGAUUGGAAUAUUCUUCCUAAUUGCUGCCAAGAUAAUUGAAGUUGAAGACUGGGAUAUCUUCCGGAAGCUAGGGAUGUACAUGGUGACUGUGUUGACCGGGCUCGCAAUUCAUGCCAUUGUUUGCCUUCCACUGUUAUAUUUCAUAAUUGUGAGGAAAAAUCCAUUAACAUUUGCCAUGGGGAUGGCUCAGGCACUACUGACAGCUCUCAUGAUCUCCUCCAGUUCAGCAACUUUGCCUGUGACUUUCCGAUGUGCGGAAGAAAACAACCGGGUAGACAAGAGGAUCACACGCUUUGUGUUACCGGUGGGGGCCACAAUCAACAUGGAUGGAACAGCGCUCUAUGAAGCAGUGGCUGCCAUAUUUAUUGCACAACUUAAUAAUUAUGCACUGGAUAUUGGCCAGAUUGUAACUAUCAGUAUAACAGCAACAGCAGCUAGCAUUGGAGCAGCAGGAGUCCCCCAGGCUGGUUUGGUUACCAUGGUGAUUGUCUUGUCUGCAGUGGGAUUACCAGCUAACGAUGUCACACUAAUCAUAGCAGUGGAUUGGCUGCUGGAUCGGUUUCGGACCAUGAUAAACGUGCUGGGUGAUGCAUAUGGAGCAGGUAUCGUGGAGAAGCUCUCCAAGAAGGAGCUGGAAAGGAUGGACCUCUCAUCUGGUGUGGAUGUUGUCAACCCUUUUGCUCUGGAACCAGCCCUAACAGACGAGGAGGAACAUGAGAAAAGGUCCUAUAUAAACGGGGGCUUUAUGGUGGAUAAAGCUGACUCUGUUUCAUUCACAGAGACAUCUCAGUUUUAGUGAAAAGCAAGUCAAAGUGAUUUAGGAUUUAUACAUAUAAAAGGAAACCGGCACCAAGAUGCUAAUGUUAUUAUUGUUUUUCAUAUUUGGCAGUAAUCAACUUUAAUUUCAGUGCCACCAUGUGGGAGGAUUAUAAAUAUGACUGAAUGUAAAACAGCCCCAGGAUCCUUCAGUAGAUGUAUUAUUAUAUAUAUAUUUUUUAAAGGGAUGUGAAUAAAAUGUAAUGCACUGUGCGUUUGUGCCAAAAAAUGUAGGGGGUUUCAGCAGACACCAAUGCUGUAAAUACAGGUCCAAAAUGUCUAACUCUGUUGAAAUUCAAAUUAGAUGAUAGCUGAGAUAUAACUGUAGGUUUGUGGUCAUCUGUCUGACAGGAACAAGGAGGACCACAUAAACUUUUCAGAAACCCUGAUUCGGAUAGGAGCUCAACUAGCGAAUAGAUGUGAAACGUUUCAUGUUUCAUUUACAAUCCGAUGAGCCUCACAUCUUGUGAAUACAAUUGUAACUGUUUUCACCACCUUCGAUAUACACUCUCCUCUGAUAUUCCCUUUCUGCAUAGUAUAGUGUGCCAAAAAUAUGGAUAAUUUCAAAAUAGAAAGUUUUUGGUGUUCGUUAUACUCAAACUAUACACCCAAAUCUGACCGGAAGCCUGCAUUUCUUCUCUUCUGUAAAACAGAUUACGAAUGAGUUAUAAUGAGAUAGUAUUAGUCAUUUGCAUAAUUACCCCCCCCCCCCCCCCGUUUGAUUAAUUGGACAUAACAAAUGCAACAUAAAUAUGCUGUUUAUGGUGAGGAUAUUUAAAAUGUGAUGCUGUCCAAAUAAAAAUAGAUACCUUGAAGUAUAAAAUACAGAAACAUAUAACCCAAAAAUCAUCAACAAAGGGAGGGACCUAUGAUAAUAUUGCUAGUUCUAAUAAUAUGCAGGUGUUUUUUUUUCUUUUCUUUUGCAGUACUCCUCCUUUAAGUGACUAAGGUCCUUGACCGAUUGUGAUGUCACCAUUUUCUCAAGCAGGUGAUGUCAACCAUACCAAUAUUGUGAAUAAAGUAGGGUGAAAACUCAAUAUGGUAUGGUUGAUGUUAUGAAUGUGAUUUGUUUAUGAUGGGUCAUGGAAUAUUUGUAGUUGGAUUUGCUAAAGUCUCAUCAGCAGUCUAUAAUUAUGUACAAAUGAUACUGCAGUAACAUUUUGCUUUUUCAUCUUGCAGACCUACAACCACACUAGGUAUACUGAAUGUUGUUUGUACAGAACUAAGCAUAUAAUUGGACAAAACAGUUGUCAGACAUUUCAUUAACACUUGCAGCAUAGUUCUUUUUUUAUUCUGUGAAGAAGCAAUAUUUUAGAUAAUGUUGUGCAUGUGAAAUAUUGUGGUUAAAUUGUGGUUAACUAAUGCUACACCUUUCAUCAGUGAAUAGUUAUUCAAAAGUGUUCAACAUUUACAUUCAGGACUGUCUUGAGUAAAUACAACAGAAAGCACCGUUUCAUGUAUAUAUUUCAUAAUAUUUAUAGUAUCUGAUGUCAUUCUUUUAAAAUGUGGACACUCCUGAAAGCAUAACCUAAUCAUAAUUUUUGAGCGGUUUUGGGAUCUGUAAAAAAUAAUGUGCCAAAUUAAUGUAAAACAUUUUAGAUCUUGUUCUGCUCAGUAUAUUUUUUAAAUAAAGCACAUAAAUACUACGGAACAGUAAUUAUAAAUGUGUAUAUUUGGUUUGUAAAAUAAUAACUGACUGAAAAAAUGAGCCCUGUAAUAAACCAUAGAAAAUACCACAAA